GGAUCCCAAGAUGCAGGAGAUCGUCAACGAUAUCCGCACCAACGGCCCGAUGGCUAUCCUCAAGUACUACUCCGAUCCCGAUGCCAUGUCCAUCUUCAGCAAGAUCACCGGACUCCUCGGCCUCCCUGCCGACUUCUCCAAGGCCAGCGAGCAGUUCGCUAAGAUGACUGCCGGCGGAGCCGCCGGGGCUCCGGGAGCUGAGGGAGAAGCGGGGGCCCCAGCUGGGCAGGGUGGAGCCAACAGCUUGGAGUGAAGGCUGCUAACCGCCCUUAAUAUUUCCUCGUUUCAAGUGUCAUGAACUUUCACUGCCAUUGCA